AACCGUUACUCAUUUUCGGUUUGUGGGCUGGGGCUGGAGAAAAUCAACCACGUAGAAGACAAGCCAGGCCCAAAUAUGAUAGGACAUGGGCCUGGAACGGUCAAUACUAAGCCCACUCUACCCACUCCAUUCGGAUAUGGGAAAACGACAAAUUGUAGGCCACGAGGCGAGUAAUAGUAGUCGACUAGUCGUAGGCUGUGCAGAGAAAAGUCAAAAAUGGACAAUAGAGAGGAUGGCCCAUCUGGAUGACUUGCUUUCAUCGCCAUCUUCCGAAUCCAGGGAGUGAUUCCGGGGACAUGUAGAGGAUAAGAAACGUCAAGGUAUGUGAUGGCACAUGGGUGUGAGUUGUGUCAUGGUGGGAACACUACUGUCACCGUAGUCAAAGUAUGUGUAGGCACUUACUAUUAUUGGUUUCUUUCCAUAGAGUUUUGACUACUGUUUUUCAUCUUAUCGAGUUCCUGCAGUCAACAAGGUAAGUCAAGCCUUGAAUCUAUUCUAUAUUGUUCCUGAAUACAUGGGCUACAAACAAAUACUUUAGAACUGCUCUUAAAGAAAGAUUGAUGGAGGGUUGGUCUGAAUUAUCACUUGGGAGGUUAGCCACAUGUUGGAGGACGAAUAGUUGUUGAUGUCUAUAUGAAAGCAAGACAACAGUAUCCUCAAUUGAAAGCUAGAAACUGACAAACAAUAUCUGCCUUUGUAAAUGCAUAGUUGCAUUCUAAGUUUGUGAAUCUCAAAUGCUUCAGGAGAAGAUAAACAAUAUUUGUGCCCACCUUUAGCUUCCCUUUUAUUCAUAAAGGUAAUAGUAAUAUGAUGAUCUCAUCAUAAAGAUAUUUCAUGAAGAAAAGCUUCUCAAAGGCAGAAAUGUAAAAAGGGGGCAUGGGCAAGUUGAUAAGAGAGAAAACUGAUGAGGGAUGUUUUCUAUUCAAAUGAUAUUGUAUGCUGGAAGAACUCAUUAACCUAUUUUAAGGUCCCUUUGUUUUUAAAUAGAAAAAGUAAGGCCUUGAAGAUGGUAAUAACAGAGUUUUCAGAAUGCUAAAGACAAAAGGGGAAAAAAAUCAAUGAAAGUCAGUUGCAAAGAAGCUAACCUUUGCAGUGAUAGAAUGGAAAAAAUGAAACAAAAGUAUCAAUUAAGAGGAGGUUCUAACUUUAGGGAAAGAAGGAACCUCUUAUGGUCCUUGGACAUUGGAAUGCUUGCAAAUGUAUCAGACAAAAUUUUUGCAUUUUUUCAAGUGGAUUUCUUUGUCAGUGAAGGAGACUACUCACCAACCCACUAGGAUCCAGUGGCAUGCUUCUAGCUUUUCACAGAAAAGCAGAGGCAAGAAAACAAUCUCAAAGAAAGGCGAAAGGAUAAAUCUCAAAGAAGAACAUGAUAAUUGAUCCUCCUAUCAUUUGGAGGAGGAUCUUGUUGACUUGGCACCAUAUAUUCUUGUGGACUCUAAGUGCAAAAAGCCUACUAAAGUUGGAUCCAUAGAACUUUGUCUUUAAAAAAGCCAAACUUGUGUAGAUUCCCUUGAAAAGGCCUCAAAAAAUCUCCUAUGAUGAAGAGAAAUUACUUGUAAGGGUAUGAUGAGAUUUUUUUUUUCUCCCCUUUCUCCAUAAGUAAUCAGUAUCACAACUUAGUAAUUGAUGAAAAAUAAUUAAAACAAUUUCUUUAUAAAAUUGUUUCCUUUAGUAUAUGUCAAUCUUCAGGAUUGGAAUCAGAGUGGAAAUAGCAGCCAUCUUCUCAACGAUGGUAAAGACUUUUAACCUUGUAUUAUCAUUUUUGGUGGGUUCUUUUCAUACUACUAUGCCAUUUAGUUGGUAAAUGUCGUUUUACAAGUACUAAGUAAGUUUGUUGGUCAAUGCUGCCUUACGCAUUCAAGAGUCGGUAGAAUUGGAACAUUAUAAAACUAAAGGAACCUAUGCUUAGUUUCCCAUGCUGAUGGAGGAAGCUUACACUACACUGAGGAUAUAGUUCCACACAUAAGGUAGCAAACUUCAUUGUUUACUCUGAAUUGGAUAAACAUGGCAGUCCAGCACUCAUUCGAACUGGCUAAAGGUCCCUGUGAUGAUGAUGGGCGUCCGAUGAGAACUGGUAAAGGCCUUCUAGGACUAGUUAUUGGCUUAUCGCUUGUAAUUCAAUAUUGAAUUUAGUGCCAAUGGGCAAGGAUUUAUCAACCAGGAACUUUAUGGAGUUGCAUCGCUCACAUAAUUACUGCUGUUAUCGGAGCUGGGGUUCUGUCUCUGGCAUGGAGCACUGCACAGUUGGGAUGGAUAGCGGGGCCAAUUUCCUUGUUUUGCUUUGCAGUAGUCACCUAUGUUUCUGCAUUCCUCCUCUCCGAUUGUUACCGAUCUCCUCAUCCUGUUACUGGAACUCGGAACUACUGUUACAUGGACGCUGUUAGAGUGAAUCUUGGUAGUACAAAAAAACCAACCUUGUCUACUUCUUUUAGAAUCUCUGUCUCAUCCUCAUUUUAGGCUUUGUUUCUAAUAGAUUUGUCUCCUUUAUAUGCCUCCUGAUUCGGUUUAGUGGUAGUUCAGGCGGAAAAAGGCAAUGGUUCUGUGGUUUGCUUCAAUAUGUGAACUUGUAUGGGACUGGUACUGCUUAUGUAAUUACCACAGCAACCUGUAUGAGGUAUUUCCUUCAGUGAAUGCUGGGAUUUCUAUAUUUGUUUUUCAGCCCAUGAUUUGUAAAUACUGUUACUUGGAUCUCACCCUAAUCAAGCACACUGAAGCAUUAUCCUGUAUCGGAAGAUCUAGAUAACACACUUUUUUAGAAGGAUCUUUAGAGGCUGCACUAGUAUUGUGUGCAUACACUACUACUUUUUCCCUUGUUGGUUUCUAGUUGAUUUCAUAUUUGACACUGUCCCUAUAAUUUUUCUGUUCCUGGAUUGAUGCAGAGCAAUUCAGAGAUCAAACUGCUACCACAAGGAAGGGCAUAAUGCUUCAUGUGCAUAUGGAGAUACUUUCUAUAUGUUGCUAUUUGGAGUUAUUCAGAUUGUAAUGUCUCAGAUACCAGAUUUCCAUAACAUGGAAUGGCUCUCAAUUGUUGCUGCAAUCAUGUCCUUCUCCUACGCUUCCAUUGGAUUAGGACUUGGCUUUGCAAAAGUAGUAGGUAACAUUGUCAAUCAAUUUGUUAUUUUUGUGAAAUUACAUGAUGCUACUGUCAAGAAAAAACUCAAACCUGUUGAUGACUUGUAUCAAGAUCAGAUAGAUAUUCCAUUAUUCAUCACCCAAAGUUAAUGAAAAGUAUGGUUCAUGGAGCUGGCCGACCAGACAUCAGGUUCUUGUGCGUUUAAUUGCAGAAAAUGGGAUGAUUAAGGGCAGUAUUGAAGGAAUCUCAGCUUCUAAUACAGCUGACAAAAUAUGGUUGGUCUUUCAAGCGCUUGGAGACAUCGCCUUUGCCUAUCCAUACUCAUUAAUUCUUCUUGAAAUACAGGUUUGUCUUUGGUUGACAUCUAGAAUAUUUUUUAAAACAACAUAAAAUAACUUUGUAUUAUGAAAUUGGUGGAAUGAAGGAUACUUUGAAGGCCCCUCCACCAGAAAACAAGACCAUGAAGAAGGCCUCAAUGUCUGCAAUCCUUAUUACCACUUUCUUCUACCUUUGCUGUGGAUGCUUUGGAUAUGCAGCCUUCGGGGAUGAUACACCAGGAAAUCUCUUGACAGGUUUUGGAUUUUUCGAACCUUACUGGCUCAUCGACUUUGCUAAUGCUUGCAUCAUUCUUCAUCUUGUGGGUGGUUAUCAGGUACACUACUAUUUUAUGUCAAAACUAGUUGAACUUCAAAAAUAUGACUUAAUCCCCUGUUUUCUUUAUGGAUGGAAAUACUUACUCACAUAUUCCUAUUCCCAAAUAUAGCUUCAUUUUAGGUAAUUCCACCAGAAAAUUUUAUGAACUUACAGAUUAGAAUUUUGCUUCCUUUUUCUAAUAGGUAUUGACCUUUCCACAUUAUUUAAUAUGUUAUUUUUCUGUCUAGUGGUACUCUACAUAUUUCUCAUUUGUUUCCACAAUUCAGAUUGGUAAUUAUUACAAGUCUUUUUUGUUGAUACACCUUUUUUUUUUUCUUCUGUUAGGUGUAUAGCCAGCCAGUGUUUGCAUUUGUGGAAAGAUGGGUUACCAGAAAGUUCCCAAACAGUGGAUUUGUGAAUAAAUUCUACACCUUAAAACUCCCAUUGCUGCCAGCUUUCCAGAUGAAUCUUCUCAGGAUAUGCUUUCGAACUACGUAUGUUAUAUCUACAACUGGAAUUGCGAUGAUUUUCCCUUACUUCAACCAGGUUUUGGGAUUGUUGGGGGCACUUAACUUUUGGCCUUUGGCUAUAUAUUUUCCAGUAGAAAUGUACUUAGUGCAAAAGAAAAUAGGGGCUUGGACAAGAACAUGGAUCAUUCUUCGGACGUUUAGCCUUGUGUGCUUGCUUGUAUCAAUACUUACCCUAGUUGGGUCUGUUGAAGGAAUAAUAAGUGCCAAGGUAAGCUAGAAACUAGUUUAUGCUAGUGGCUAAUGAUUUAUGGGAAGUUCUGCUGUCCAUAAAAUGAAGGAAAAGCUUGAAUACAUAACCAUUGGAAACAAUGUCAAUGUAGUAUAGUAUUUCAUAGAAUAGGAGCCUUCUAUUUGACUGGGAUCAGAAGGAGCCUACCAUUGUAAAAUUUCAUAUUGGAAUACAAAUGUAUUGUAUCAUUUGUCUAUGCUCUUCUUAACCCAGUUUACAGCUAGCAGAGCCUGUAAUCUAGCAUUAUUAAAGACCUUUGUUAAGUUCAAAAAUCAAAACUGUAAAAUGGAUUAAGACCGUCAAAUUGAAUAGGCUACUGAAUUAAGCUAUCACAUUUAACCCAGCAUCAAACUUGACCAUUAGGAACAGUCCGUCUGUAUGACGGAUUAAUAUGAAUAAUUCUGCAUCAAGGGUCACCAUUUAGUUGAUGGGCAAGAUUGCCAUCAACCAGUCCUCAUUCUAAUGUUCUUCUACUCUACCUUUAUGAGUGAUCUAGUAAAUUUCUAGAAUGUCUGAAGAUACAAAAUAUAUUUCAGUUGUUUCAUCCCUAUUUACCCUCCUUUGAAGCCAAAUUUAUUCAGCCUAAGAUCAUGAAACCAACACUGAUAAACAGGUGGCUUUGAACUUCAACCAACCAAAACUGAGCCUCGUCAUCGAUCAUCUCUAAAACAAAUGAUCACAUCGUUGAAAAAGCAUAUAGCUCUUCUUUACGUGUUAGCAAAACAAACCAUGUCAUACAUCACAAUCUCAUCACGUUUCUAACUUUGACCUACUAAACUUCACAUUCAUAUGACUAAUCAGAGUCCAAACUUAAACGGAACACCAACUUUAAAAAUACAUAAAUGAGGGCUCCAUCUUUAUAUUUCCUUAUAAAAAAUGUUAUAGGGUUGCAUGUUAACUCACUAUUUCUAUAUGAUUUUCUUGUCUGUUAGCAACACCACUUCUCUACCUUAUCCUCUCCUCUACAAUCCCCUCAAAAGUGAUACAGGCCCUUCUAACCCUUCUCCAUCCUUGUUCAAUGUUAAAAGAUAAAAAUAACUCCUCCCCUAGUCAUGAUAACGUAAAUUGUGAAAAACCAGCAUCUAAUGUUAGUUAUAAAAGUCAAAAAGUAGGAUGUGGGAUUACUCUGUGUUCCUGGGAAAUUAUGAAUUAGGCUUGAGCAAAUCUAUUUCCCUUAGUUGGAAUUGGUAUUCUGGACGCAAAAUUAUCAAGGACAAGGGAAAGAUGUAACAUCACUUUCAUUUUCAAUGGGCAGAAUUUGGACGAAACCUCACUGCUGUUCUGUUUUGAAAUGGAUCAAAAAUCUAAUCAUAUUCAUUACUCUGAUGCUUCCUAUGACCAACUUCAAGUUGAAGACUGAUCAAUUGGACCAAAAGGAGGAUCCGGGUCAAAUUAGACAAGGAUGAGUCUGAACUUUCUGGUUCUACUUUUCUUCCUCUUGGACUAUUCGGUUGGGUGGCAAGAUGGUUAAUAGGACACACAAACUCGUCUCUUUCCUAAUUCAUCCCUGUUUGGGGUCCAAAACCAGGCCCCAUUACAAAUUUUCAGUGACAAGUCAUCUGAUUUUGUUGAUAAAGUCAAAGAACACUUGUACAUUGUUUAACUUUCUAAGAUCAACUAUGCCAUUAUGCACCAACACUGCAUUCAUAAUGGCUAGAUAGGACUGCUUUUCUAUCAAGGAAAAAAACUUGUUUUCUCCACUUAAUGAUUCCAAUUAAUCAUUCAACCUACAUAAUGGCAUGUCAUAAUUUUUUUUGCUUGAACUCUGUCAUUAUGUCUCAUCAGAAUGACUUUCUUGGAAGAUACAGCAAGACAUGGAACUCAUCCUUCAUUCAAUUGUCAAUUUUGAUGUCUAGAAUCCAAUGUCUGCAACUUUGUACCUGUGAAUCAUCCCUUGUUUCCUUCGGACAGUGUGUGAGCCUAACAGUCAGGGUGUGUAUCUGUCACAUGAAUACAAGGAGGCCAUGGGGUAGUGGGAUAUGGGUUGAUCUUUAGGUAAGAGGAUUAGUCGACCUAACUAUGGCUUGUAUUAUUGCAUAGAUCCUAUAUUAUUACAUAAAGGAAAAUAGAUGGUUGUUCUAAGUUCAUAUUAUAUUGGUGGAUUCUCAUGUCAUGUUAACAAUGACGAAACAAAACUUAAAUUUUUUUUUAUUAAAUUUACUUUCUGCGUCAGAAUUUGUCAACUAGUCUUUUUAUUGAUAGAACACAAUUAAAUAAAGCCCUAACCUAAGUAGUGGGUCUCAAAAUAGCAAAGCCUGGCAAAUGGUUUCAGAACUCUAGAAAGCAAAGAGGAAACUUGACAUUUUGACAAUAGUUUACUACCACUUUGGGCAGAGCUUACCACCCAAAUUUCUCUCCUCUCUUCUCUCUUGAAAUUUGUUUCUCUGGAGAGGCUGGGUUCUUCACAAAGCUGAUCAUCAGGGAUGUCUCUGAAGGCAAUGGAGGAAACAGCUGGAGAUCAUGAGACCCCAUUACUGAACUCAACCUAUGUUUCAGGUGUUCAACCAGUGGAAUCUCCUACCAAGAGAACUGGGAGCCUGUGGACAGCAGUUGCCCAUAUCAUAACUGGAGUGAUAGGGUCUGGAGUCCUAUCCCUUGCAUGGUGUGUGGCUCAGCUGGGGUGGAUUGCAGGUCCUGUGUCCAUGCUGUUAUUUGCAUUUGUCACCCUUCUUUCUACCUUCCUCCUUUGCGAUUCCUACAGAUCUCCAGAUCCAGAAUGCGGCCCCGGCAGAAAUCGCUCAUACCUGGAAGCUGUUCACAUCAACUUAGGAAGCAGGAGUGCAUGGGUGUGUGCCCUGGUGGUGUAUAUAAGUUUAUAUGGGAUUGGAAUUGCCUAUACUAUUACGUCUGCUAUCAGCAUGAGGGCAAUUAACAAAUCAAAUUGUUAUCACAGAGAAGGGCAUGAUGCUGCUUGUGCAUAUGGAGAUAAUUCUUUUAUGCUAGUAUUUGGAGCCAUUCAAAUUGUAACAUCUCAAAUACCCGAUUUCCAUAACAUAGAAUGGCUCUCAGUUGUGGCUGCAGUCAUGUCAUUCUGCUAUUCUUUCAUUGGAUUGGGACUAGGCCUUGCCAAGACCAUAGGAGAUGGGAAAAUCAAGGGAAGCAUUGAAGGGAUCUCGACUUCCACUGUAGCUGAAAAAGUAUGGCUGAUCUCCCAAGCCCUUGGAGACAUUGCAUUUGCCUAUCCCUACUCCUUAAUCAGCAUUGAGAUUCAGGACACUUUGAAGUCACCCCCACCAGAAAGUGAGACCAUGAAGAAGGCAUCAACUCUGGCAAUAACUGUCACAACCCUCUUCUACCUCUUCUGUGGAGGCUUUGGAUAUGCAGCCUUUGGGGAUGACACACCAGGAAACCUCUUGACAGGGUUCGGGUUCUACGAGCCAUACUGGCUUGUUGACUUCGCAAAUGCUUGUGUGGUGGCUCAUUUGGUUGGAGGGUAUCAGGUACUACUAUCAAACAAGGCCUUGUUCAUUCUUCUAAUCACCAAAACAACAGCCUGUACAAGCUGUAAAUGCUUGUUUUUGUUGUUUUCAGAUAUACACCCAACCACUAUUCGGAAUGGUGGACAGAUGGUCUGCCCAGAAGUUCCCCAACAGUGGAUUUGUAAACAACGAUUACGUCUUCAAACUGCCAUUGUUGCCAGCAUUCAGAGUGAACUUGUUCAGACUCUGUUUCAGAACAGCUUAUGUUGGAACAACAACUGGAAUAGCCAUGAUCUUCCCAUACUUCAACCAGGUUUUGGGGGUGAUAGGAGCCAUGAACUUUUGGCCCUUGGCUAUAUAUUUUCCAGUGGAAAUGUACUUUGUGCAGAGGAAAAUUGGAGUCUGGACAAGAAUGUGGCUUCUUCUUCAAAUAUUUAGCUUUGUUUGCUUGGUUGUCACCGUUUUUGCAUUCGUUGGAUCAGUGGAAGGACUUAUAACUGCAAAACUAAGCUAAAAAACACCUAGAACAAUUUUUUCUAUACAUGAAAAAUGAUCAAUAAGGCUGGCCGCUGUUGAUUUGUCACUGCAUAGGCCCUUGAUACACAAUACAAAUUGGGGUGGUUUCUCUAAGUUUUAAUGGAGGAGCCUUCUGUUAGUUGGGAUUAUUGUAAUUAACCCCUGGUUUGAAAUAAAAAUGAACAAGAAUUCUUGAUUAA